AAAAUUUAAAAAAAAAAUUAGACACCUUCCAUAAUCUCUGUUUCAAUUUAACUGAAAAAAAAAAAUCUUUUAGUUACGAAAUCAACUCCAAAACUUGUACCAAAAACUUAAUCUUUUCCUGGUUUGAACUUAAAAGCUCUGUUCUUUCUACUUUGUUUUUUUCCUUAAAAAUUUUAAACUUGUUUUUUAGUUGUUUGAGCUUAAAACCCAAAUGAGUUUUUGAUAAAACCUCAAAAAAAAUAUUUUUUUUCUUUAUAAAGGUUUAAGUGUUAACUAUGGAGUCAAGAGAAGCUGUUACCGGUACUACUACCGCCGCUGUUACUGGUACUACUACUGCCACUGCCACUGGUGGGGUUACGGUGGUAGGAUCCGAUGCUCCGUCGGACUACCACAUAGCUCCAAGGUCCGAAAACUCGACCCAGAACCCGAACCCGACUCCGGGAUCUGGUCAGCCGCAGCAGCCUCCUCCGCAAACGGUGGCGCAACCAGUACCUCCGCCGGUUUUGGUGGCGGGGAUGCCGGUGAAGAAGAAGAGGGGAAGGCCUAGAAAAUAUGGACCGGAUGGUUCACUCACUAUGGCGCUCUCUCCAAAGCCUAUAUCGACGGCUGCGCCGCCUCCGGUGAUCGACUUCUCCGUCGGGAAGAGAGGGAAAGUGAAGUCGCCGACGUCGGUUUCCAAGGCUAAGUACGAGUUGGAGAAUUUAGGUGAAUGGGUUGCAUGCUCUGUUGGUGCUAAUUUUACGCCGCAUAUCAUCACUGUUAAUGCUGGUGAGGACGUAACGAUGAAGAUUAUAUCAUUUUCUCAACAAGGGCCUCGAGCUAUAUGCAUUCUCUCUGCAAAUGGGUUGAUCUCAAGUGUCACCCUUAGGCAACCUGAUUCUUCUGGGGGUACAUUGACAUAUGAGGGUCGUUUUGAGAUACUGUCCUUGUCUGGUUCAUUCAUGCCCAAUGACAGUGGAGGAACAAGAAGCAGAUCUGGUGGGAUGAGUGUUUCAUUGGCAAGUCCAGAUGGGCGCGUGUUAGGUGGUGGAGUUGCUGGUCUGCUAGUAGCUGCUGGCCCUGUGCAGGUUGUAGUGGGCAGUUUUCUGGCAGGGAACCAGCAUGAGCAGAAGCCUAAGAAACAGAAGCACGAGUCUAUGUCAACUACAACACCAAUGGCUGUCAUUCCCGUUUCUAGUGCCGAACCAAAACUAAACAUCUACUCAUCCUUCCGCGGCGAUAGUUGGUCUUCGUUGCCGUCAGAUUCAAGGAAUAAGCCCACUGACAUUAAUGUAUCUUUGCCUGGAAGCUAAUCCAAAUUUCCUUAUCAUGCAGUAUAAGGCUUGAUACUGACAGCACUCGCAAUCAAAGUACAACUAAUGAAUCUCAUUCUCACCUUUGUUGUUGUUUUAUGUGUAAGCUUAUUGACUUAUCACAAAGUACUGGCAUGUUCAUUUUCACCUGGGGUUUUUUUGACCCUAUUUUUUUUCAUCAGUAGCUCAGUUAGUCACCUGAUCAGAUAGGCUUCAGCCGCUGUCGUGU